AUGUAUGAUAAGGUUCAUUGGCUUGUACCAACAAUUGGUUUAAAGAAAUUAGAUAAAAUCAAAUCUUCAAAUAAUUUACUUUAUUUGAUAGUUCAACAAUCUACGGGAAAUUACUUGGUAUUUAUUCCAAUCACAACUGAUGAUUAUACAACUAGUUUUACAUCAGAUGAUCAAGGUAAUUUAACUUUAAGAGUUUUGAGCACAACAACAACAAGUGAUCAACAAGAUUCGUUGGAUGUUAGUUUUGCUAUUGGACUUGGUCCAGAUAAUCCUUAUGAUAUUUCUCAAAUUUGUAUGAACAUUAUUAAAGAAGAGUUGCCUACAUUAAGCGGCAUAGAUAAAAAAGAUUGGACAAGAUAUUUAAAAACCCUUUGUUCUUCAAUUAACAAUUUUCCAUCAACAAAAACAGUUAUCAAUGAAAACGAGGACGCGGAAAUUAAUCAACAAAACGGACUUAAUAAUUCAUCUACUUCAUAUCGUCGUCAAGUGACACUUUAUGUUUUGAUGAAUUUAUAUCGCUUUCACAUAAUACUGCCAUCGAUAGUUCAAGUUUUUUUUGGUUAA